AUGAAUCCAUUACUGGGCAAGGAAACGUGUGACAGCGACCUGGUUUUAGGAGAUGCCUAUUAUGUCAGCCCAGUAUCUGGAUGGAAUUUAGGGUCGAAUUUGAAUUAUACUACCUCUACCACUAGUAGUAUAACACUGACGGCCGCAAGCACUCCCGGGACAGCGACUCAGACUGGUAUUCCAUUAAACUGUAACACGUACUAUAUCGCCAAGGCAAACGACACCUGUGCCAUAGUUGCCGCCGACUUUGGUAUCGCAGAAGCUCAAUUCAAGGCAUGGAACCCGGCUAUCUUAUCAGAUUGUACAUCAGGCUUCUGGGCCAAGGAAGCAUAUUGUGUAGGAGUAUCCAGCUAUUCCUCUUCCAUCACAUCCUCGACUGCCACAUCCGCCACUUCCACGACUAAGACGACUGCACUCGGAUCGUCGACUUCUGUGGUCGUGCCAGGUCCUACACAGACUGGUAUUCCCUCUAACUGCAGCAAGUACUAUGUUGCUUCAUCUGGUGAUGACUGUGCAACCGUAGCGGCGGCCUAUGGAAUAACGGAGGCGCAGUUCCUGACCUGGAAUCCCGCUGUUUCGUCUGACUAUAUCCCAUUAAGUAUUGCCCUUCCGGCAGUUACCACAGCUCUAGCCUAUCUAAACGCGAAGCACUCCAUUUUCUACGAUGUCAGUCUCAUCAAAUCUUCAAUUAAAACGGCUCGGUCUAUCAGGAACUCGGAGGCAAAAGAUCAGUUGAACCUGUUCUAUACCUUUGAAGAACACGCUCUUUCUCCCCAGACCGCGAAUAAAGAGUUCCUGGUGUACAAUGGAAAUUCAUGGACAUUCAGCGAAGCAUACAACAUCACUCUUCGUUUUGCCGAGUGGUUUAAACACAAGCACAAUGUGAAAUCGAAGGAUGUUGUUGCUCUCGACUGUAUGAACUCGGCGAACUUCCUUUUCAUGAUUCUUGGAGUGUGGAGUCUUGGAGCAACCCCUGCUUUAAUCAACUUCAACUUGACAGGCAAGCCCUUGACUCAUUCCCUGAAAAUUUCGACCUCCAGAAUUGUCAUUGUUGAUGAGGAAGUUCGCGACAACUUCACGCCGGAAAUUCUUCAAACCCUCGCCGCGCCGGAUUUUUGCGAAGGAAAGAGUCCUUUACACGUAGAAUUCUUCACCCCAGAAAUAGAGGCUCAGGUUCUACAAACUGAGCCCGUUCGAGAAGAUAAUACAGCGCGCGCUGGCGUGAUACCACGAGAUAUUGCUCUCUUGAUUUACACAAGUGGCACAACCGGGCUUCCCAAACCCGCGAUCGUCAGCUGGAACAAAUGCCACAGUAGCGCUGUUUUUGUAUCAGGCUGGAUGGGACUUCUACCUACGGAUCGACUCUAUACAUGCAUGCCUCUAUAUCACAGUUCCGCAGCCGUCCUAGGCUUCGUGAACAGCAUGUACUGUGGCGCCACAUUGAUCGUGGGACGCAAGUUCUCAGCCCGAAGCUUCAUGAAUGAGGCGCGUGAGACAAACGCAACUGUCAUUCAGUACGUAGGCGAGACGCUUCGAUACUUAAUGGCAACACCUCCCAGCAUCGAUCCGGUCACUGGGGAAAAUCUAGAUAAGAAGCAUAACAUCCGCAUGGCAACUGGAAAUGGUCUCCGACCUGAUGUUUGGAAUGCGUUUAAGCAGCGCUUUGGAGUCGAUACCGUUGCUGAGUUUUAUGCUGCAACGGAAGGUCCUGGUGGAUUGUGGAAUCGGUCGUCGAAUGGCUUUUCCGCCGGUGCGAUCGGUCGAAGUGGUAGUAUUGGAUCUUUUAUGAUGGGAGGCGCUAUUGUUGUUGUUGAUGUGGACUUGGACACACAGGAACCGUGGCGGGAUCCGAAGAGUGGUCUCUGUAGAAAGACUCCUCGUGGGGAUCCGGGUGAACUUAUUUACCGUCUUGAUGUUGCGGACCCGCAUGCUUCCUUCCAAGGUUAUUUCAAGAAUCCCGAAGCAACGAAGAACAAGAUCUUGCGAGAUGUUUUGGUGAAGGGCGAUGCAUACUUCCGGACUGGUGAUGUGGUUCGAUGGGAUACUGAGGGUCGAUGGUACUUUUCUGACCGUCUGGGCGACACGUACAGAUGGAAGAGUGAGAAUGUCUCAACGAACGAAGUAGCCGAGGUUAUGGGAGCUCAUCCGGAGGUGCACGAGGCUAACGUGUAUGGCGUUGCUUUGCCCAACCAUGAUGGUCGUGCUGGGUGUGCGGCACUGGUCUUGAACCAGCAGAUCGCUAGCAACAUCACUACCGGCCUGGCACUGGAGCCUAGCCGUGCUAUGUUGGACGGAAUUGCUGCGCAGAUACUCAAUAACUUGGCGCGAUAUGCGGCUCCUCUGUUCCUUCGUGUCAUGCCUGAAAUGCCCGCUACCGGCAACAUGAAGCAGCAAAAACAUAUCCUGCGGAAUGAGGGCGUAGACCCUUCCCAGGUCUCCAAGGACCACCGUCUCUAUUGGCUUAAGGGUAACACUUAUGUUCCUUUCGAGCAGAAAGAUUGGGACCGGUUGAGUGGUGGUCAGGUUCGUCUAUGA